UCCUCCUCCUUGUUCUCUCCUUCCUUCCUUCCUUCUCCUCCUCCUCCUCCUCCUCGCAGAUUAAUUCAAGCCUGCAAUCCGGGCGGAGCUGGAAGAGAUCCCAUCCCUGCGGUGACGAUGGCACUGUUGGGGAAGCUCUCUGAUGGGCCACCAAACAACUCCAGACCCGACCAGUGGCACUUGGUAUUCUCUCAGAAAGAUGAAGUUAUCACCAGUUUAGUAUCUGCCUUAGAUUCUAUGUGUUCAGCACUUUCUAAACUCAACACGGAGGUUGCCUGCAUUGCAGUUCAUGAUGAAAACACCUUUGUUGUCGGAACAGAGAAGGGGAGGGUCUUCAUGAACACGCGGAAGGAGGUCCAGGUGGAUUUCAAGAAGUUCUGCAGAAUCCAACAGAGGAAAGAACAUGAUCUGGACAGCCAAAAGAAAGCCAAGGACUUUGGCCGGAGCAUUCCACGGAUCUCCCCGGAUCAGGGAUCAGAUGUUUACCUUCUCAGGAAGAUGGUGGAAGAAGUCUUUGAUGUGCUUUAUAGCGAGGCCUUAGGGAAGAGCAGUGUGGUGCCCCUACCGUAUGAAAAGUUCUUAAAAGAGCCCGGGUCACUACUGGUGGUUGGAUUGCCUGAGGGACUCACCUUCCGGAAGCCUACUGAAUACGAUGCGAAAUCUCUGAUGGCCAUUUUGGAACACAGCCACAGUAUGCGGUUCAGGCUGAAAAGGCUCCCCGAGGACUCUCUGCGGGAGACUAACCCUGGCUCGGAAAUGAACUCCUCCACCCUGAUGUCAAAGGGCAGUCGAGAUCCUGGCCUCAACAACAUCCACGCCAAACCAGCCAAUCAAGAUGCCCUUUCUGGGAUCACCGCCAACAGCUUCCUGUACGGCAUGUCACUACCUGCACAGAUCGCCAUGGAGAUAAAGCAGGAGGGCCCUACCGGUCGGCAUGGAGCGAACGCCACCAAUGAGAUACCGAGGCCCCGGCCGACAGGAGAACCGAAGGUGCCUUCGCCACAGGAGUUCGGUGACUGCUGUGGUCCAAGUCAGAAAUCUGCUCUUUCCAGUGGUCCGCUCAUCCAGAACGUGCAUUCCUCCAAACGCAUCCUUUUCUCUAUAGUCCAUGACAAGUCAGAUAAAUGGGACAGUUUCAUCAAAGAAACCGAAGACAUCAACACCCUGAGGGAAUGUGUACAAAUUCUGUUUAACAGCAGAUAUGCUGAAGCUUUGGGUCUGGAUCACAUGGUUCCCGUCCCUUAUCGGAAAAUCGCUUGCGACCCGGAGGCUGUGGAAAUCAUCGGGAUCCCAGACAAAAUCCCAUUCAAGCGACCUUGCACGUAUGGCGUCCCAAAACUCAAGCGGAUCUUGGAGGAAAGGCAUCGCAUCCACUUUGUGAUCAAAAGGAUGUUUGAUGAAAGAAUUUUCACAGGAAGUAAAUUUACCAAAGAUUCAACAAAGAUUGAGCCAUCCAGCCCCUCGGGAGACAUUUCUCCUGAACCGCACAGAAUGGCAUUUCUUGAUCUGGGAGGGACUUCACAGGCUAAUCACAGGUCGGAAAAGUCCUCCAUCUCAGGAGACUGUGAACCAGGCACCUCAGGAGAGCUGGGAGGGGUAAAGCGCAUCAAGAUUGAGCCAGAUGAUGUGGACAUCAUUCAAAUCACCGUUUCAGACCGAUCGCCUGGUUCUGACGAAUUACAUGAUGCAGCGGCCAACCACGUGACCUCGGAAGAUCCCAGCUACAUGCGCGAAAGGCUGUCAGAUAAAGGGCCCAGUGGUGAUUUGCAACAUGAUGAGAAAUCAAUGGAAGGCAAAGAUGGCAUUAGUGAUGUUUUAAGUCACUUGAGGAAGCAAGUCGAAACUUUGUUUAAUACAAGAUAUGCUAAAGCCAUAGGAAUUUCUGAGCCUGUCAAAGUCCCCUACUCCAAGUUUCUGAUGUACCCGGAGGAUCUCUUUGUCGUGGGCUUGCCAGAUGGCAUCUUGCUCAGGCGACCCAACUGUUUUGGUAUCGCAAAGCUUAAAAAGAUCCUUCAGGCGAGCGGCAGCAUCCAGUUUGUCAUCAAAAGACCAGAACUUCUUACGGACGUAGUGAAGGACGCAGCCUCUGACAGCCCGGCAGCAAUAGCGAACGAGAGAGACUCCAGUGAGCGUCUUGUAGAAGAACCUAUGAAAAGACCUGGAUUUCAUGAAAACUACGACACUCGGCUUUCCCGGAUCGAUAUCGCGAACACACUAAGGGAACAAGUGCAGGAUCUGUUCAACAAGAAAUACGGUGAGGCCUUGGGUAUCAAGUACCCAGUCCAAGUGCCAUACAAACGGAUCAAAAGCAACCCGGGCUCGGUGAUCAUAGAAGGACUGCCCCCGGGCAUCCCGUUCCGGAAACCCUGCACCUUCGGCUCCCAGAACCUGGAGAGGAUAUUAGCUGUAGCGGACAAAAUCAAGUUCACGGUAACAAGACCUUUCCAAGGCCUCAUCCCUAAACCUGCCCCUAGACGGAUAUCCACCUUGGAAAAAGCUUAUGCUGCUUUGCACGAUGAGGAUGACGCCAACAGGUUGGGUGAGAAGGUGAUUCUCCGGGAGCAAGUGAAGGAGCUAUUCAACGAAAAAUACGGAGAAGCUUUGGGUCUGAACCGGCCGGUCCUGGUGCCAUAUAAACUGAUCAGGGACAGUCCCGACGCCAUCGAAGUCACCGGCCUGCCAGACGACAUCCCUUUCCGAAACCCCAACACCUAUGACAUCCACCGGUUGGAGAAAAUCCUCAAAGCGCGAGACCGUAUCCGAAUGGCCAUCGUCAACCAGCUCCAGCCGUUUGCAGAUGCGGGCCCGGAGGCCAAACAGCCAGAAACUGAUGGCAGCAUUCCCAAACGGAAGCGGAAGCGGAUCUCAGAAGGGAAUUCUGUAUCCUCCUCUUCGUCGUCAUCGUCCUCUUCCUCUUCCAACCUGGAGUCCACGCCAUCAGCCAAUCAGAUCUCGCUUGUGCAAUGGCCCAUGUACAUGUUGGACUACGGCGGACUCAACGUUCAAAUCCCAGGACCCAUGAACUCUUGA